UUUUAACUUUCUGUUUAAAGGAACCGCGGUGGUUAGCUAGUUUCAGCUACAAUGUUUAUCGGAGAAUAAACAGUUAUACCUUGUGAACAUAAUAUUAAAAUCAACAUGGUUUGUGGGGGUUUUACGUGCUCUAAAAAUGCUUUUUGUUCCCUUAACAUAGUAUACAUGUUGGUAGGUCUACUGUUGAUUGGAGUGGCAGCAUGGGGCAAAGGCUUCGGCAUUGUGUCCAGUAUCCAUAUAAUUGGUGGGGUCAUUGCUGUAGGCUUCUUUCUACUGCUCAUCUCCAUCGUAGGCCUCAUCGGAGCCUUAAAACACCAUCAAGUCAUGCUUUUCUUUUACAUGGUGAUUCUGUUCCUAGUCUUCAUCUUUCAGUUUGGAGUGUCCUGCUCCUGCCUCGCUAUUAAUCUUGAGCAGCAGGUAAAGCUGUUGAACACUUCAUGGGGGCUGAUGAGCAAAGACACACGUUUGGAUUUGGAGACCAAGCUGAACUGCUGUGGGCUGUUGAACACAACUGCUAACCAAGAGCAAUUUACUAUGGAUGUGCAGUUAUGCAAUGCGGACUGUAAGAGUGCAGCUCGUUGUUAUACCUGUGGAGACAUGAUGCUGCAGCACUCCUCACAGGCUCUGAGGAUCCUGGGAGGAGUGGGACUCUUCUUCAGCUUUUCAGAGAUCUUGGGUGUGUGGCUGGCCGCACGUUACAGAAAUCAGAAGGAUCCAAGAGCAAACCCCAGCGCAUUUCUAUAGGAAAAGAGACCAAAGAUGUACUACAAAUACAAACCAUGCCAAAGAAUGCACUCAUUGGAAACACAUAUGUACACUAACAGUAUGUACACACUUAUGUCAACAUUUUAAGAUAAGAGACUUUACACAGAAUGAGGACGAAUCUUGCAAUUCCUUAACCCUUGUGUUAUCUUCGGGUCAUUCUGACCCAUCAGUCAUUGUGACCCACCGUCGUAUUGCGACAAAUUUACCGCAUACAAAAACAAAGUGAAGCAUUUUCUUUUAACCGUUGGGCUGUCUCAGACCCCCCACAUUGCAAAGGUUAAAAGAAAAUUAUUUUUAUUUGUUUUUGUAUUGGGUAAAAUUGGGUAAACACAACGAUGGUUCGUUAUGAACCUUUGGGUCAUGUGACCCGAAGGCAGCACGAGGGUUAAGGAAUACUGGUUGAACACAAAGUUAAUGACAUUGUAGUAAGGAUAUACAUCAUGGGUAUUCACUACUAGUUUGUCUACAUGUAACACACAUGCACAUUGACGAGUACUGAUCUAGAGUCAUUAGUACUGUGUAUGGUAUGCACUGAUGCCCUUGGUUCAUACUUUCCUUGUGUAUGGUAAAAUUACACUUAAGUUAAAUAAUAUGUAGAGACCCCAUACCCCAAAACUACUGUUGGCCUUAACAUGAGUAGACUAUGUGUCUGCUAGCAUCUGUCAUGCCAUGACUAUAUUUUAUCUGCAAAAACAAUCUUCUAUGUAUAUUAAGUUGAAGGGGGUUAAAUGUGCUACAGUAUAUUUAAACUGCCCAUGAACUGACUAAUAAGUACAAUAUUCUUUCCUUCUAACCUACACAUCUUUUUUCAGUAUUGUUCUGCAGAUUUAAACACUGCCAAAAAGAGCUGAUUGUAGACAUCCUUUGUCCUUAUUUUAAUUAUGGUACCAGGCUUUGGACCUCUGCUCUUUAGUUCAGUAACAAUAAUCACCAUAUUUGUCUCAACAACCUGGUCCUGGGAAACAAACCUUGGAGUUGAUAGGUGUUUGAAUAUGGGCUAUACUACAUACUGUACUAAAAUGGGUCUUAAAACCUGAAAAAUGAUGCCACCUUUGCAAUUAAAAGGGAUGCUUGGUGCCCAUAUCAAAAGGACUUAAGACAAUACUGAAAUGGAAAUGAAUGGUACAAUUUGGUUACAGUUACAACCGACUAAAUCAUGUCAAAAGGGUUAAAAAAAAAUUGUGUUGAUAGUACACAAAUAGUGCCAACUUGAAAAUAUAAUCUUAACAUGGAAGCAAUUGGGAGUGUUUGGCCAUGCGUGUUAAAUCACAGGGUCUUUCAAAUCAUCUCCAAAUGUUUGUAGUAACUCAUACUGAUUAGAAGACAGUGGGUUUCAUGUAAAUGGGGUGCUACAGAAAAGGAGUGCUAGUGAUGCUACAGAAAAGCUAGUUAUAUGCUCAAAAGAGUUGUCAAGUAUCUUCUAACUGCAGUGUGGAAUAACUUGCAUACAUCUUUAUUCCUAUCACUAAUUAACUACACAAUGUGAGUCCCCAGGUGAAUGGAGAUCUGUAAUUUACAAAUAUUGGACAUGCAUUUUAGUACUUAAAAUAGUAUGUAACUAAAUUAAUGGGAGGGGAGAUGGUAUGUUUAUGAAUACUUGGCAACCAAAGCAAAAGUUAAAUAUUAAGGUUGUUGCUUUCCCUGCCAACCAGUGGAAAAGUACUGGCUUACAUUUCUAGAACAUUUGGAAAUACUUAAGAAACUUCCAUCUGCAAACACAAUGUAUUUAUCAUGUUUUACUUGUAUCCAUCUACUUGUGUCCCUGUGUAAUUGAUUUAACAAAAUGUUGUUUUCCAAUAUGUUUUAUAUUGCUAUAACAUUUUAUUUAUAUAAUAAAAUAGAGAAUAUAUUCAAUCAGGUAAUAAUUGUCAAGGGUCCAAUUAAAUCAUGUUAACAUUUGAGUGAAGUUUCUUCCUCUGUACUUUUGCUUCAAUGGACAGGAGAACUCUUGUGCCUCAUCAUGUGGCAUGUAUGCAUCCUGUAAAUGGUACUAAUGGUGUGUAUUCAUUUUCUGUUAUGUCUGCCUUGAAAACAUACUGAUGACUUAUUUACCUUCUGAGCCUAUUGUAUUAUUUUAAGGUACUAAUUUGCUAUUAAAAUGCUGAUUGCA